AUAGAUUCAUUGCGAAAUGUAAACAAACGUACACACCUGUUUAUGCUGUAUGAUAUAAUAAGGUUAUCGCCAGACUACCAACAUUAACAAUUGAACAGCUACGCUACAAAUAUUAUCAUUCACAUCUUUAUGAAGUUUAACAGUGAGUGUUUCAGCGGAAUAAAAUAUGGCAUCAGAAGAGUUCCCGGGAGUGAUCGAGCUGAGUGUUGGAGGGACCCACACGUUUACCACGCUGCUGUCAACCCUCACCAAACAUGAGGGCAGCCGCCUGGCCGACAUGUUCUCCUGGCGUGCUGACGUCCACAAGGAUAAAGACGGUCGCUACUUCAUUGACGUGGAUGGCUCCACAUUUGAUGCAAUUCUGGACUAUCUGAAGUUCGGAACUCUUCCUGCUAUAAGUGUGUAUAGCAAUUAUGGCAGUGGGCUAUUCGGCGGCGGCUUUAACGCCAGACCGGGCCAGCUUACAAGUCUGAACUAUAGACCUGACGAGAUUAGGAGACUGCAUGCGAGCACAGUUUCAUUAGGAUUGAAAGAACUUGCAAAGCAUUUGGAGGAAUGUUUUCCUGUUUUAGUCAGAAACAAGCUUGAUUACUACAGGAAUACAAAAGACACCUAUGACGAGUGUUUGAAAAGUAUUUUGGAAAGUAUAUCCCCGGAAGCUUUGUUACUGAAGGACCAAUUCACUGUACGAGUCCGCCACCAAUCUAGAAGCCCCGGGGAGCGAUGCUGUGAGCAUGAGUGUGUCUCGGCGCCACAACAGUCUUCCGGAUUUGGAAAUACCGGAACCACAGGGUUUGGGUUUAGUAACCGCUCCAGUCCGAUCUACUCAGAUAUCAUUAACACGGAAGUGAGUGUUCCGUUUGACGUGGAUUGCACCCUGCUAGCGUGUCUCAGCCAUGAUUUGAUUCAACGCGGGUUUAACGUCCAAGGACGGGAAACGUUCUGUGGUAUCGAGUGCAAAAAACAUCAGCGUAACCAGAGCAACCAGUCUUCCUUCGUGUUUAGAGGUAUAGCAUAUUGUUGCCGCGAAACACUUUUUAUCCUUCAUUUUACAUGGUCGCUUGAUAGAAACAUGCCUAACCAACAACAGCCGUUGUUUGGAAACCCCAAAAGUGCAACAAGCUUCGCGUUUGGUCAACAACAGACUCAGCAGGAACAACAACCACAGCAGCAGCAAUCACUGUUUGGGCAGCAGCAACAGCAACAGAGGUCUGGAUUUAAUUUUGGUGCUAGUCCUAAUGCCAGCGCCACACCAGCAAGCGGAUCUUUCGGUGGUUUUGAUUCCAGCCAACAAGCUACCGGAUUUGGCGCCCUGAAUAGUACGAAAUCUCAGAAAUCGCUGUUUGGAGGCCCACAAUCUCCACAAAAAUCUGUAUUUGGAGGCGCUACGACAGGAACAUCACCUUUCGGUCAAGCUUCAGCAUUUGGACUAAAACCGGCUUCAACAUUCGGUCAGCCUAGUCCACAAGGGCAGGUGGGGAGUAAAUCGUUUGAGGAAGAGAGGAUCGCAGUUGGCAAGGGGUCACCAAGCCAGCAGCAAAAGAUGGGUGGAUUUGGAAGUCCAGCGGCAUUCUACAAUCCGUUAGGGAAUGCUCAAACCCCGACGUCCGUUUCACAGGUAUCUUUCGGUGCACCGGUGACCGGGAAUUUGGUCGCACCUUUGACAGGGGUAUUCGGUGCACCGGUGACUGGGGGUUUGGGGACGCUAACUGGUGCCGGUGGAGGUCUAUUUGGAGCACAAGGAGUUUCCGUUGAGCCGAAAACUAGCAAUGGGGAAGAUGUCAAGCCGAUUAUUAAGGACGGAGUAACAAAAGAGGAAUCGCCGGCACAUAAAGGACCCCCAACCAAAGGGUUAGGUGGGUUUUCGUUCGGUUCUGGCUAAUGACGAAUGAUAAAUUUUUCGCAAUGAAGUAUUUGAAUGACCGUUGGAUUGAAAUGUUCUAAAUUCUGGACUGUGGUGAAGUUUGCAAAUUCUGUUUUGAAUUCGUAGCUAAGUGUACGCUUUCUUGGCUGUGUUCACCUUGGAACAUGACUUGAAACUUAACACUGGAUUAUGAUUAUGUAUCCGGGAUAUUUUUUCCUGUAUUGCUUAAGGAAAUUGCUUAUUGCUGUUAUUGUUAUUGAUUAUUUUAUUUUUGUUUGUUUUCAUGUUCUUUUGUUUUGGUAUUUUGUUUUAAUAUCGCACACAAUACUGUGUGGUACUUGUAUAAACUAUAAGAAUAGUCAUAAAACCUGUAUCAUUUUAUAUAUAGUCAUUAAACCUAAGACUCAGAUCUAUGGCCAGCCCCACAAACUGAACCACUUCGAAAAACGUGGCCACAUCCACAAACGUGACCACUUCCACAAACAUGACCACUUCCACAAACAUGACUACAAACAUGACUACUUCUACAAACGUGGCCACAUCCACAAACGUGACUACUUCCACAAACAUGACUACUUCCACAAACAUGACUACAUCCACUAACAUGAGCAUUUUUUCGGCAACGGUUGUGGAAUAAAUUGGCCACGUUCUAGGAGUUGGAAAAAGUUGAGGCUGGCCAUAUAUUUGAGUCCAAAAUAUGCAUAAGCAAAGGAUAUACAUAUUAAAUUACUUCUUUAGUAUUUUGUAUUGAGUCCAAAAUAUGCAUAAGAAAAGCAUUUACAUAUUAAGUUACUUUUUUAGUAUUUUGUAUUGAGUCCAAAAUAUGCAUAAGAAAAGCAUUUACGUAUUAAAUUACUUCUUUUAAUUUAGUAUUUUGUAUUGAGUCCAAAAUAUGCAUAAGAAAAGCAUUUACGUAUUAAAUUACUUCUUUUAAUUUAGUAUUUUGUAUUGAGUCCAAAAUAUGCAUAAGAAAAGCAUUUACAUAUUAAAUUACUUUUUUAGUA